AUGGCGCUGACCUUUGUCAUUAACUUUGUAUCCAGAGAGGAUGCUGCAGGCAAGGUGCUGGACCGCUGGGCCAUCAUGUCCAGGGAAGAAGAGAUCAUUACCCUUCAGCAGUUCCUGAGAUUUGGAGAAACCAAAUCCAUCGUGGAGCUGAUGGCAAUUCAAGAAAAAGAAGGGCAGGCUGUGGCUGUGCCAUCUUCAAAGACAGAUUCAGACAUAAGGACUUUUAUUGAAAGCAAUAAUCGCACCAGGAGCCCAAGUCUCCUUGCUCACCUGGAGAAUAGCAACCCUUCCAGCAUUCAUCAUUUUGAAAACAUACCCAAUAGCCUCGCAUAGUACAUAAACCCAGUCUCUGCUCCACUGCUGGGGCUGCCUCCAAACGGCCUCCUGCUGGAACAGCCGGCAAUGAGACUCCGUGAACCAAGCCUUACGACCCAAAAUGAAUAUAACGAAAGCAGUGAAUCUGAAGUUUCCCCUACGCCUUUCAAGAAUGAGCAGACAUCCAGCAGGAAGAAUGCUUUGACCAGCAUUACAAAUGUUGAGCCCAAAACUGAGCCAGCCUGUGUCUCUCCUGUUCAGACGCCUACGCCUGUCAAUGAUUUAUCAAAACCAGAACACACUAAAAGCUCAUUCCGCAUUCACAGAAUGAGGAGAAUGGGGUCGGCCUCCAGGAAAGGAAGAGUGUUUUGCAAUGCAUGUGGCAAAACUUUCUAUGACAAAGGUACUCUCAAAAUCCACUACAAUGCCGUUCACCUAAAAAUCAAGCACCGGUGCACUAUUGAGGGCUGCAACAUGGUCUUCAGCUCUCUCAGAAGCCGCAAUCGCCACAGUGCUAAUCCCAAUCCCCGACUCCACAUGCCUAUGCUAAGGAAUAACCGUGACAAAGAUCUAAUUCGUGCUACAUCAGGUGCCGCCACUCCGGUCAUCGCAAGUACAAAAUCCAACCUAACUUUAACAAGCCCUGGGCGUCCACCAAUGGGGUUCACCACGCCCCCUCUAGAUCCUGUACUACAGAACCCUCUUCCCAGUCAAUUGGUGUUCCCAGCUUUAAAGACUGUCCAACCUGUUCCUCCUUUUUACAGAAAUUUACUUACUCCCGGAGAGAUGGUGAGCCCUCCAACCUCACUCCCUACCAGUCCAAUAAUACCAGCAGUGAGUGGCAUUGAGCAGCAUCCCCCUCCUCCUUCAGAGUCAUCAGUACCUUCAGUGCUGAUGCCCACCCCAGAGCCUAAUGCUGACCUUGCCCCCAAGAAGAAGCCAAGGAAGUCAAGCAUGCCAGUUAAAAUUGAAAAGGAAGUUAUUGAUACUGCCGAUGAGUUUGAUGAUGAAGAUGAAGAAGUGAAUGACAGCAGCACAAUGGUGAAUGACAUUGGUCAUGACAAUCACUGCCAUUCUCAGGAGGAAAUGAGCCCAGGCCUGUCUGUGAAAGACUUUUCCAAAAGUGACAGAAGCAGAUGCAUUUCCAGACCAGACAUAAGAAGGGCAGACAGCAUGACAUCAGAAGACCAGGAGCACGAGAGAGACUAUGAAAAUGAGUCGGAGUCGUCAGAGCCCAAAUUGUGUGAGGAAUCCAUGGAAGGCGAUGAUCGCCUCCAUGAACCUGGUGAAAAAUCCAUGAUGCACAGUGACAGACCAGAAGAAAACCACAAUGACUCUUCCAACCAGGAUGUCAUAAAGGUGAAGGAAGAGUAUACAGACCCUACAUAUGAUAUGUUCUACAUGAGCCAAUAUGGACUGUACAAUGGAGGCAGUGCCAGCAUGGCUGCCCUUCAUGAAAGUUUCGCUACUACAUUCAACUACAGCAGCCCUCAGAAGUUCUCCCCAGAAGGGGAAAUGUGCUCCAGCCCAGACCCCAAGAUCUGCUACGUGUGCAAGAAAAGUUUCAAGAGUUCCUACAGUGUGAAGCUUCACUACAGAAAUGUUCAUUUAAAAGAGAUGCAUGUCUGCACAGUGGCUGGCUGUAACGCUGCGUUCCCAUCACGGAGAAGCAGAGACAGGUCAGUAAAUAUUAAUUGA